UUAGCGAGCAGUGUUGCGUGAAAAGCAGGCUUCACAUUGGCAAAGAGCUAACCGAAUUUGUGCAACCGAAAAUGAGAAAGAACUCGUUUCAAUUUACAUAAGAAGUAAGCGCGCGAAGCCAGCAGGGUCACCAUUCAGUCAGUCUGUGGUCCUCGAAUCGGACGCCGCAUUGUUUUUUUUUUAUUUCCGAUUUUAGCGCCGGCCAGUGCGUGCGUAUUCGCAAUGUGUGCGUAUGUUUUGGUUUUCACUUUCCUCGCGGCGACGACCUUCGUGAGUGAUUGCUCCGCAAAAAUAGCACCGGACUUCAUUACCCCCUGCAACACCACUGAGCCGGCCUGCCUCAUAAAGGCUACUCAAGAUGCCAUCCUGCCCUUCUCGAAAGGUCUACCGGACAUUGGAGUGCCUGCCCUUGACCCCUUCGUCAUUGAUGAGCUGCCCAUCCAGCUGCCUGGAGUCAAGGUCACGUUCCUUGACGGAAAAGCGACGGGACUGAGGAAGUGCCAAGUGCUGAAUGUUGAGGCCUAUUUGGAGAAGAACGUGUUCCAGCUGCAGGUGAGGUGCAACAUCACCAUCAAGGGCAAAUACACGGCGGUCGGCAGGCUGCUGCUCUUCCCUAUCAACGGGGAGGGCGACGCUAAGAUCAAAAUCGUAAACUCCGUUAUCAAAAUGGACAUCAAGACCAAAUACUUCAAGGACAGCGACGGCCGCGACCACUUUGGCAUCAAGAGCUACAGAUACACUUUCGACUACGGUGACAGAAUUUUCUACAACAUCACCAAUCUCUUCAAGGGAAACCCUGAAUUAAGUAACACAGUUCUCGUAUUCCUGAAUGAAAACUGGAGGACAGUCACAGAAGAAUUCGGCAAACCAGUCGUAGAUUACGCUAUGAACGUCGUCGUCUCCACGGCAACGAAGUUCUUCAACGCCGUGCCCUACGAUGAGUUGCUAUACGUACCCAUUCCAAAAUAUUGAAUAAUAUAGGUUUAAGAAUAAAUCGAUACUACUCUGUUGUUUGUUCGAUCCGUGAUGGGAAUAGGUAAUAAGUAAAAAAACAAGUGAAGAAGUAAACAUUUUGAUCUGUAGCUUAAUAUUUAGACGAGAAUAAAUUUAGAGGUGGAAAAAAUACUGCUUUAGGGAAAGAAACUGCCGGUCACUGCUGGAUCGGUAGCCCAGUGCUCUGACACCUUAUUAGCUUCCUGCACCUCGUGCAUACACGGAGACCACCUCUUGCCGCCCAAUGUGCAACGAGAUGUACAUUUUGGUUCAAUGGUAUUUUAAUUUUCAUGUAAAUAAAUAAAGUAGCAUUUCGUUUGUCUCUAAAAUUUUUGGAACAAAUAAAACUCAACUGUAUUUAAAAUGUAACUAGAAUCAACAUUCUCUAGCAAAAUUUUUGUAUGGUGGUUAUAAGGUUAUGGGCUUAAUGGAAGAC